CUUCCUGUGUCGGGAGUGACUCAGGUACAGGAGCUGAUAAAACCACCUGAGAAGAGAAAGCGAAGCACACUGGAAAGCCAGCUGCAAGCUCCCUGCUCUGCUAUGGUGUAUUGUGUAUUCAUGCCUGGAUCCCCAGAAAUGACUUUGCACUGGCUGCUAACCUUGAGCUGCCUCUGUGUCUCUCUCUUCCUGCCUGCAGCCAUCGGUACCAACAGAAGAGAAGUCUGUGACUGCAAUGGGAAGUCCAGCCAGUGCAUCUUUGACAGGGACCUGCUCCGAGAAACAGGAAAUGGGUACCGUUGCCUCAACUGCAUCGACAACACAGAUGGCGUUCACUGCGAGAGGUGCAAGGAGGAGUUCUAUCACCAGCGGGAUGGAGAAAGCUGUCUGCCCUGUAACUGCAACCCCAGAGGCUCUCUUGGCCUGCAGUGUGAUAACUACGGCCGGUGCAGCUGCAAACCCGGGGUGAUGGGCGAUAAGUGUGACCGGUGCCAGCCGGGGUUCCAUUCCUUCUCAGAGACUGGGUGCCGGGCAGGUGGACAAGUGUCGAGUGCUCGGUGUGACUGCGAUCCAGCUGGUAGCGCGGGACAUUGUGUUUCAGGUCACUGCGUCUGCAAGGCAAGUGUCUCGGGAGAGCGAUGUGACAGGUGCAAGCAGGGCUACUAUCAUUUGGAUGCAAGAAACCCCCAGGGAUGUUCCCAGUGCUUCUGUUAUGGCCACUCCGCCAUGUGCACCAGUGCAGAAAAUUACAACAUCCAUAAAAUCACUUCCACCUUCCAGCAAGAUGCUGAGGGCUGGAGAGGAGUAUAUGUGAAUGGGUCCCCUGUACAACUCCAGUGGUCUCCCCGCCAUCGGGAUGUGUUUGUUACAGCCAGGAGAUCAGAGCCCACCUAUUUCCUGGCGCCGGCCAGAUUUCUUGGGAAUCAGCAGGUGAGCUACGGCCAGACCCUGUCCUUUGAUUAUCGCAUGGACCGAGGGGGUCGUCGUCCUUCUUCCCGGGAUGUGGUCCUGGAAGGAGCUGGCCUACGAGUCACUGCCUCCCUCCUGCCUCAUGGGAAGAUGCUGCCUUGCGGCAUCAGCAAGACAUAUACGUUCAGACUGGACGAGCACCUGAGCAGUGGAUGGAGCCCCAAGCUGAGUUACUUUGAGUAUCGCAGGUUACUCGGAAACCUGACUGCCCUUUGGAUCCGAGCCACGUAUGGAGAAUACAGCACUGGGUACAUCGAUAAUGUCACCCUGGUUUCUGCACAGCCGACCUCUGGAGCCCCAGCUCCCUGGGUGGAACGAUGUGUGUGUCCUGCUGGCUAUCAGGGGCAGUUCUGUGAACAUUGUGCUCCUGGGUACAAGAGAGACGCUUCCAACCUUGGGCCUUUCAGCACUUGUGUGCUGUGUAACUGCCAGGGAGGAGGAAACUGCGAUCCAGACACUGGAGACUGUUAUUCAGGAGAUGAAAACAUGGACCCCAAUGCCAGCUGUCCAUUUGGUUUCUACAGGGACCCCUGGAAUCCACAGAGCUGCCAGCUGUGCCCUUGCAGAAAUGGCCAGGGCUGCUCAGUGGCGCCAGGGAGAAAGGAAGUCAUUUGCAAUAACUGCCCUCUGGGAGUCACUGGUGCUAACUGUGAACUCUGUGCUGAUGGCUAUUUUGGAGACCCCUUGGGCGACAAUGGCCGUGUGAGACCUUGCCAGCCCUGCCACUGUAACAAUAAUGUCGAUCCUGGUGCUGUGGGGAACUGUGACCGGCUGACGGGUGAAUGCCUGAAAUGCCUCUACAACACAGCUGGCUUCUCCUGUGACCAGUGCAGGGGCGGGUUCUUUGGGAACCCCUUAGCCCUCAACCCAGCAGAGAAGUGUCAAGCCUGUAACUGCAAUUCGGUAGGUUCAGACCCCCUGAAGUGCAGAAGCGAUGGGAGCUGUGUUUGCAAGCCAGGAUUCGAGGGGCCCAACUGUGAGCACACACAGUGCCCAGCCUGCUACAGCCAUGUGAAAACACAGGUGGAUCAGUACUUGCAGCAGCUGCAGCAGCUGGAGGUUCUUGUGUCUCGGCUGCAGCUUGGCAGUGGGCAAGGGGCCAAUGAGGAGCUGGAGGGGAAGAUGCAACAGGCUGAGGAGACCCUGCGUGAAAUCCUGAGAGAAGCUCUGAGUUUACAAGCCUCUGACAAGUCCCUGGAGAGCCGGAUGUCCAAAAUGAAGGGACAAGAGUCCAGCUACCAGAGCCGCUUGGCCGACAUCAGGGUGACGAUGCAGAGGCUGCAGGCGCUGGGGCGUCAGUACCAGGCCCAGGUGCAGGACAUUAGGAGGCUGAUCGAGAGAGCCCGUUUGGACCUGGGGCAAAGCAAAGUGACCCUGAGUGGGCUGAAUAUUCCAACUUCACAUCCCCCUGGCGGGUCAAAUAGUUUUUUGAUGCUGGCCCAAGAAGCUCUCAGACUAGCAAACAGCCAUGUGCAAUCAGCAAAUGCCAUUGAACAGGCAGUCAGGGCAGCGGUGGAUGACUCAGGACAGGCCCUGGAGCUGGUGCGCUCAGCUGUGAGUGGAGGAGGCAUCCUGGCGAGCUCUGUGCAAGGGCUGCUGCGAAAAUACGAUGAAACCAAAUUGCUGGCCAACGAGCUGGAGACUGACACCAGCAGAUCUGCGUUGGAUGCAGACAGGGCCUAUCAGGGCAGCCUGGUGCUCCUCAGCUCCAUGUCUCGCUUCUCAAAGAUCGACACUGGGUCCUUCCAGGAGGAGGCGAACCGGCUCAGGCAAGAGGCAGACACUCUAAUGGGCUUGGUGGAGACGUACAUGGCAGAAUACCGGCGGCUGCAAAGCAACACUAGAAGCUGGGAGGAAGAAAUCAAACAAUUGUUACAGAGCGGGGAAAGCAAGAGACUGGCUUCGAGUCAGCUGUUGUCCCGCGCCAACCUUGCCAAGAGCAGAGCACAGCAGGCACUGAGUGCUGGCAAUGCCACUUUUUAUGAAGUUGAACUCAUCUUGAAAAAUCUCAGGGGGUUUCACCUGCAGGUAGAUGGUAGGAGAAGAGAAGCUGAGGAAGCGAUGAGAAGACUCCCUCUCAUUAUCAAUAUGGUCACGAAUGCCAAUGAUAAGACUGGACGAGCAGAAGGCGCCCUGGGCAGUGCGGCUACAGAUGCAAAGACAGCCAGAAGCAUGGCCGGGGAGGCAAAGGAGAUCACUGGUAGUAUCCAGCAGGAGAUAAGGCGGUUGAACUUGGAAGCCAACAGGACAGCAGAUGGGGUCCUGGCACUGGAGAAAGGAGUCAUAGCUUUACUGAACGAGGCCAGAGAAGCAGAAAGGGAGCUCACGAGGAAGACUCUGGAGGUCGAUAUGGAUGCCACUGCUGCACAGAAAACUGGUCAGGAGGUGCAGGGUGCCCAUGCCGGUGCCCGUACUGCUGGGGCUGCUGUCCAAGAGACACUGCGUGCCCUGGAAGACUUUCUACAUCUGAUGGAUCAGCCUGGCCCUGUGGAUGAGCAGGCACUGAGAUUGCUCGAACUCAACCUCAGAGGGGCCAGGACGAAGAACAGCCAGUUGAAAGAGCAGAUGGCCGAACUGGAGAAAACGGCCAGUCUGCAGAGGCUCCGGGUUCAGACUCUAGAGAGGAGCAUUAAUGAGAUCCUGGCAGACAUUAGGAACCUGGAGGAGAUUCGCAACAACCUCCCCCCAGGCUGCUACAACACAAAUGCCAUUGAAAAACCUUGAGACCUUUAGGAAGACGCUCUGGACUGGGUCUCUCAGGCUGUAGAUACUAGGGCGUGGCCUGAUGGGUCGUGGGGGAUGGGGAAGCCACGCCUGCUAGGACCAGCUGCCUUCGGCUCUGCUGAGCUGAACACGGACCCUUUGGGGGCAGCUGGUCAGACUCGGUGUGGCAAUGUGCUGACGUUUGCCUCACGACAUCGCGUUUUGAUGCCAACAUCACCACAAGGUGCCCCUGAGCCAGGAAAGCCUUAUACUCUGGUAUCCGUCCCUGGAGUGCAGGAGGAAGGAAGGAGAGACCCGGCUGCAUGAAGAAGCUGC